GCUUGCUGGCGGUCACGGACUGCCUUUUUUGUUGUUUGCGUGAAGGGCUUGUGCUAAUGCUGCCCAGCUCUGGGCAGAGGGACUCACUGGUCUGGAAUGCUUGUUUUUGGCUGCCCUUCGAUAGCCUGCCGCCCGUGACGGCUUAUGCGAGAUCGCUUGUGGCUGGUGCUGAUGCCCGCGCCUGGAUUUUAACUCCUUUACGCGUUCACGAGGAACAGUCAAAAGUGCGCUAGUGUCUUACAUGCCGCUAGCUAAUUCACAGGCGAGCGCGCAGCUCCGUGUGUUGCGCCGCUGCGUGGCCUAGCACACCGCCGCGCAGUCGGUGGCAUCUAUUCUAGAGCGUUUGCGCACGUCGCAUCGCUCGCUGCCGCCGCCGCGGCCCGAUAACACUGCGUAGCCCAGCGCCCCCGGCCUUGCACAGCGCGGCGCGCAGCGAUGGCCGAGGUCGGUUCAAUAAGAGGCGGCGACGGCUCGAUCCCCGGCGAAGAGGUUGAGAUCAAGAAGGAGCCCCAGUUCCUGCAACCGCUCGUCGCGACCGCCGUCUUGAGCGCUAUGGCCCCCACGCGCGGCUUUCCGGAAAUCAACGACCUGCGACGCUUAGUACUAGCCGCCGAACCGACGAAGACCUACACGAUCCCGAGCCAAGUCGAACCGAAGUACACGUGCGACGUGUGUGGCAACCGCGACCAGACCAAAUUCCUCCACGAGUCCAAGGACGGAGAUGUAGUGUGUCUGGGCAUCGGCGACCAGGGCUGCGGGAAUGUCGUCGAGGAGCACAAGCUGUUCGAGGGGAAUCAAUUUAGGAAGUUCGAGGGUCGCCCGCGGCGUCCCUUCCGAUGACGCCAUCGAUGCGACGGCCGCGGAGCAUCCAAGCCACCCCCACGCCAUCGCCGCGACUUCAAACUGCAUCGCGAUCGCGACGCCGUUCCUCACGCAGGCGAGGAGGACAAGUCGCAUCACGGUCCGGCACCGAACAAGUUGUACAGUGCAGCACAUAAUAUGAAGACGUCCCUCGUGCCGACCGGUGGCGCCGGUGGCCAGCGCGCCUCGCGCCUGCGCCAGGCCUCCGAAACCAUGGAGAUGGGCCUUUCUAACCUGGGCACUGAUGAAAGGAAGACGCGUACAGGUUAUAAAGAUCAAAUGAAAAAGAAGGCCUUCGACCUCAUCGCGCACGCGGCCUCGAACCUCAAUCUCCACGAUUCGGUAGUAGGACGGGCCCAAGAGCUCUUCGCGAACUACCGCGACGAGCGCGAGUUCGUCCAGAAAUUCGACGGGGUUGUUGCGGCUUGCGUCAUCCAGGCGGCCGAGGAGUCGGCGCGCGACGCCCUCGGGGCGUCGGAGGCGGAUGCUGCUCCGGUGAUCCCCAAGCCCACCGUGGUCAGUCGCACGCAGCAGUUAUUGAUGCGGCCCGUGGCGACGCAGAAGCGGAAGGCGUCGGGGUCGGCGCCCGCGCCGAAGCGCGCGGCGCGCGCGGGGAAGUCGUGGCUGGACGACCUCGGGGACAUCGAGGAGGAGGACAGCGAUAGUUGACGUAAGAGUUUUAAACGGGAG